AUGGGAAAGGUGCAGCCAAUCCGUUUCCAUCCAGUCACAGAAACAAAAUAAAUAAAUAUAAGAAAGGAUCUCUCCCCCUCCUCGUGCGCCAGACUGACAUAGACGCCGAGAGAGAGAGAGAGACAGAGAUCACCGGGAAAUAUGGCGGCCGGAGGAUCAUCGACGGGAAGGACUCCGACGUGGAAGGAGAGGGAGAACAACAAGAGGAGGGAGAGGAGGAGAAGAGCCAUCACGGCCAAGAUUUACGCCGGUCUUAGGGCUCAGGGCAACUACAAGCUCCCCAAACACUGCGACAACAACGAGGUUCUCAAAGCUCUCUGCGCCGAGGCCGGUUGGAUCGUCGAAGACGACGGCACCACUUAUCGCCAGGGUUGUAAGCCACCGCCUGCUGAAAUUUCGGGGAUUCCGACCAAAGCCAGUGCACAUUCUUCUGUUCAACCAAGUCCACAGUCAUCGGCUUUUCCAAGCCCUGCCCCUUCUUACCAUGCCAGUCCUGUCUCGUCCUCUUUCCCCAGUCCGACUCGUUACGACGCUAAUCCAUCCACAUACCUUCUCCCGUUCCUCCACAAUAUCGCCUCAUCAAUUCCUUCGAAUCUUCCCCCUCUCAGGAUAUCCAACAGCGCACCCGUUACACCGCCUCUGUCUUCCCCAACCUCCCGUGGUUCCAAGCGGAAACUUAGUUCGGAACAUUUGCCAAAUGGCGGAUCUUUGCAUGCUCUGAGGCAUUCGUUUUUCGCUCUCUCGGCUCCUUCUAGCCCUACACGCCGUGGAUACCAAACUCCACCUACAAUUCCCGAGUGCGACGAAUCUGAUGACUCAAUCGAGGAUUCAGGCCGGUGGAUAAAUUUUCAGGCCGCAGCUCCUCCUUCGCCUACAUUCAAUCUUGUGAAGGAGAAUUCUACGGCGAAUAAUGCGAAGGGUGUAGACUGGGGGAUGGCGGAGUUUGAGUUUGAGAAUGGGAAGGUGAAGCCGUGGGAAGGCGAAAAGAUUCAUGAGGUUGGUGUGGAAGAUCUUGAGCUCACUCUAGGAGGCGCUAAAAGCCGUUGCUAAAGAGCAGUAAUUGCACCAAGAGUCGAUACCACAGCAAUUCCUCUGCAUUGUACAGUGUAAUGCGAAAGGGAUCAGAGGUGAACUCGAGCAUUUUCGGCAUUAGGAAAAGUAUGGAAAGGCUCAAACUUGUUAUACCCUAUAAUCUCUGCUACUACACUUAAAAUUAUCAGAGUGAAUUCUCUUCCGAAUUAGGUUUCUUGGAUGAUUUGGUGACAGAGUAUGUAGUAAAGUAGUUGUAUCUAUGUAUUAGGCGUUUUGGCUGUGGAUGUAGCCCCUGUUUUGGAAAUUGUUUUAUUCUGCAUA